AUGGAUUUCUUAUCACCUGACAAUGCUUGUGGACAAAGUCUUUUGAUUUUGGUUGCAAGAGGAAGUGCCAUCUUAGCUGAAGUUUAGAGACUCUCUGAAAACAUACCAAAGAUUAUUACUAGCAAAGCAUAAGAAUAUAAAAAAUAUGAGAAAAUCUUAUUUGACUUUGAAUACUUAAAAAACAUUGAUGUUCUUGAAGAUGAGAUCUAAAGAAACUAAGUAUUAUAUAAUCUUAAGUAGGAUAUUAAUGAAUUGGAUGAAAAUUUUAAGAAAUCUUAUUUACCAUUAGUAGAAAGAUUUUAUAGAUUAUUUGAAAGCAUCUAUUUGUAUUAUUCAGACUUGAUGGCAUUUAUACAAGAAUUAGAGGAAGCAGUUUUUAUGCAAUAUUCUGUUGAGACUGUAUUGUAAGAUCCAGAAGGAAAAAGGUUAUUUGCGGAAUCAUUUUAUUUAUACGGAUGCAUGCUAUUAUUAAUGGAUAUCUUAAUUCCAGGUAAGGCAAGAGAAAAGCUUAUCAUUUCCUAUUAUAGAUAUAAGGGAGGCUAAACAGCAAUCGAGUUCAUUAAUGAAGUGACUAAACUAUGUGCUGAAACUGGAUAUACAAAAAAUGGAACUCGCCCUGCCUUUUAUCCUGAAGAGUAUAUGGCUAGAUUUUAAUUACCAGAAAAACUGAUAACAGAAGUCAUUAAUUCUAUCAAAGAUGAAGAUAUCUAUAAAUUUACUAGCAUAUAUCCAUCAGCUGAUCAUAGAUCUAUCGCUUUAUCAGUAUAGGGAUCAAUGUUAUAUGUAUUGUUGUUUUUCACUCCAACUAUUUUAAAUAAUAAAAAGGUAUCUAAAAAUUAUUAGCAUUUAGUCUAAAAUGAGAGAAAUUGUUGACAAACAUUUUUAUGAUUAAUGGGUAAUAUCAUUUUAUUUGGGUUACUUUGUCGAUUUAUCUGAAUAAUGGAAUCCAUACCCAGCAGCUCGAGAAGCAAUAAAAAACACCAUUAAUUUCGAUUAUAUUUAAGAGUUAGGAGCUUUCUAUUAAACUAAACUAACAGAAUAGAUAAAUAAAGUCUAAGAGUACCUUUAUGAAGGAUAAAUGACUUAAGAAUUUGUUCUUGACAAGAUAACAUCUUUAAUGAAUUGUGUUAGGGAAAGUAAUAUAGCCAUUCGAUGGAUUUUACUGCAUUCUAAUACUAGUAUUUCAAAAGCAAGAGACUUAUUAAAUAAGAUUGAUAAAUAAGAAGUUUUAUAGUUACUUUUAUAAAGCUCAAAAUUUGAAAAUCGUUUAUUGAAAGCUAUUAAAGCCAUCAUUGAUAAUAAAUAAUAGUACUGGGAUGAAGAUAAAGUUAAAUGUGUUGAGAGAAUGCAAGAAUUAGCUGAUUAUUUUAGUGGAAAGGCUUUGGGAAAAGUAAAAGCAGAUGAAUCUUAUAUGUAAUGGUUUACUGAAAUGGGCAAUUAAAUAUAAUCUUUAAAUUAUAGUGAUAGUACUCAUGCUGGAAGAAAAAUUUAAAGAUUAAUUUAAGCAUUAGAAGAUAUAGAAUAAUAUCCUCAAAUUUCUACAUCUAUAUAAGUUAAGCAUUAUUUGAAUGAAACAAGGAAAGAUUUAACACAUAUGGUCAAAAUUGUUCAUAUCAAGAGUACUUUACCUUCACAUAUUUCAUAUAUUGCAGAUUUCAGUUACUCAUGGUAAUGCUUAAAAGGAUACAAGGAUUUGAUGUAAGCUAAAGUUUAGAGUAAUCCUCAUUCUGCUCUCAGUCUAAAAACUACUUUCUAGAAGUUAUCUUCAAUUUUAAAUACCCCUACUAUUCGUAUUAUCUAAGCUGGAAGUCCAGAUUUAAAUAGUGUCACAAAAUACUAUUCUGGUGAACUUGUAAAAUUUGUCAAAGAAGUGCUUUAAAUUAUUCCAAUUUAAGUUUUCGAAGUACUUUAAGAUAUUAUUACUUUAAUUACAUCAGUAUUAAAACCACUUCCUUCUAGGAUUAAUAAAAUAGAAUUGAAAGAUUAUGCAUAAUAUGAAGAUAGAACACAAAUUGCAAAAUUAACAAAUUCAAUAUCUGUCUUUACUGAAUCGAUUUUAACAGUUGAUCCAUAUUUAUUAGGAUCAAUAGAAGUGAAUCCCAGAGAAAUGCUUGAUCAGGGAAUUAGAAAAGAAUUAAUGGCAUUAAUUCAUAAAAUCCUUGAUUCUUAAUUGAUUUUUCCCAAAAAAGAUAUUUCAGAUUUCUAAUCUAAAUUAUCAAAAUUAGGAGAGGAGAUAAAUGGCUUCAAACUAGCUAUGGAAUAAAUUUAAGAUUUUGUUAAUGCAAAAGGGCUAAAGAUGUUUACUGAAGAAUUUAAUAGAUUAAUUGAAUGCUACACUUCAAUGGAACUUAAAGGUUUGAUUACUGGAAAUAAAGAGUAUGAAGAAUUAAGUUACGAUGAAGAUAUUCCAAUGCCAGAUGAAAAAAGUAAGUAAUAUGGUGCUAUAAAUUUUAUUGGAAGACUAUUGAACUAAAUAAUAUUGAUUACUAAUCCUAGAGAAAUAGUAUUUGUAGAAUCAACAUUAGGAUUUUAUGAUAGCAACGGAAGAGAUGUAUUAAAUCUUAAGACUAUUGGAUUAAUAUUAAAGUGUAUAGGUGUUAGUGGAUUGAAUGGAAUUGAUUUACUACUUAGUUAACAUUUAUCAAAAACAGUUAAAGAUAUUGUGAAAAUAUUAAAGGCUGAUUUAAACCAAGAAAAUAGGAAUACUAUUGAUACUCUAAUUAAAUAAGUUAGGUUAUUUACAAAUUAUGAUGAAAACUAUGAUAAGGUUUAUAAAUAAUUGACAAAACAAUUUAGACCUCUUAUCUCUAAAAUCCUUUAUCCUCUCUAAUAGAUAGGAUAAUUCAUUAAUUUAAGAAAACUAAUUUGCCUAGUUUUAUAAAUGAAGGCAAAAGUAGGAUCGACCAAAUUAUUCUUAUGUUUAGAAACUCUAAAUAAUACCAUAAUUAAUGAUUUUAUAAAUCGUUAGUAUGAUUCUUCUAUGGAAUCUGAUAUUAAAACUUAAAUGGAAAAUAAUUUGCUUUUUGAUCUAACAAAGUUAUUUAAUUAUGUAGGAUUAUCUGAUCCUAUAAGAAAAAUAUAUGCUUUAUGCGAAAUGCCUGAGUAUAAAUAUACUAAAUAUUAUUAGACAUACUCCAUUGAUUUUAGCUUUAGUAGUUUUACAUUAAUUACCUUUAAUGGAUUUUGAUCAAAAAUUGAAUUGCCUAGUAAAGAAAGCAAAGGAUAAUCAAUUAUAAUAUGAGCCAAAUUGUUUAUUGAUGGGAAUCAUCGGAUUUUUGAACCAAUUUAAUUAAUUGCAUUCCUCUCUAUUUGUUUCAUAUCUAGGGUAGAUUAUUAUAAACUAUAUAGAUUUUACAUAAAAUCAACAAUCUUCUUUAUGUUAUAAUCGAAAGAACUACAAAAGCAGCCAGAGAUUCUUGGAGACUUCUUUAUGUUACUAACAGUAAUUGAAGAGAUUUUCAGAAUUAGAGAAGAUAAUUAUGAAGUAAAGAUUUUAAUAUAGAUUAGAAUUUUAAAUAAUUAAUUCCUUUUGGACUAUUUAACUAUUUGAAAAGAGAGAUGAUAAAAUGGUGAAAGAACAGUAUUAAAACAAACAUAAAU